AUGGCUGCUUUCUGGGAGAUGAUGGAUGUUGAUGUCGAUGCUGGGCCAACUACUGAACAGAUAAAAGCAGCAUUUAGGAGAUGCGAGGAGUGGUCUCGGGAUGAUCGCAUGCGGCUCGGAUACCUUGCCAUCUUCACUGGAUUCAUUGAAGGGAGAAAUUACUCAACCGCUACACGGGCUAGUCUUGCAAGGCUAGUGAUGGAUUUAGAAAAAAAUGAGAAUUAUCCUUGGGGGAGAGUGGUGUUUAAGGUGCUGAUGGAGUCUUUGAAGGGAAAAGAUUUUGAAUCAAAUUCAUACACUGUUGAUGGGUUUAUUCAAGUUCUCCAGGUAUGGGUGUACUUUGCUUUGCCAGAAUUUGGUGCUAAUUAUGGGCAUCCCCUACCAAACAGAACGUCUCCGCUGUUGAUGGCUUACAAUGGUGGCAAAGGACGCAGAUUUUGUAAAGAGGCCAUUAGCAGACAUACUAGCGUGAUCAACUUCGUCCAAAAGGACUUUGCUGAGAUGUUUCCACGAUGGGACUUUGAUGAAGUCACCGGUACUAAACCGAGUGUGAAGAAGGAAGUGAGUGCAGCAGAGACAGAUAGUGGUGUGAAGGAGGAAAAUGCAAGACCUCAGAAGAAAGCUCGUAAAGAGGUUCGUAAAGAGGCUUCUAUUGAAGCUAGUAAAGAGGUUCUUAAAGAGGCUUAUGUUGAGGCUAGUAAAGUGCCUUCUGCUGAGGCUUCUACGUCUGUUGGUGGGAUGACCAAGGAGCAUAUUGAAAAAAGCUUGAGGGACAUAGCUGAUGUCAUGAGGGAUGGGUUUGGGAUGUGCCUUAAGGAGAUCAAGUUGCUGGGGGAUUGGAUUGAAGCUGUGGAGAAGAAGAGCGAAAGCGUGAAUGAGGCGAAAGCACGACAUAAUGACCCCCAAGAACCGAGUUCCUCGAAAGAUCGGAGUCUUGUGAUAACAAAUGAGUACAAAGGAGUACCCACUGAGGGGAAACCUACAGAACAAAGUGGUGAACCUAGCGUUCUUGUAUUUGACAAAGGAGUACCCACUGAUUCAGAUUUACAGAAGGAGGAAACUAGAAGGCAGAGAAAGAGGAAUGCUGCUAUGGGAAAUAACACUGCCAAAGUGAUCAUUCCAAACAAAAGGGUUGGUCAAGGCUAUGAUCCUUUUGCACCCAUUGACAAGAAGAUGUCGAAGAUGCUCACUGAUUGGGUGAAACUUGAUCCGUAA